AUGCCGCGGGUCCUACAUGUGCAAAAAAUUGAUGGCAAACCUGGCAAGGUCUACUACCCCAUCAAAAUCAGGGAAGUCCCCUUGCCCAAGGUCGGCCCCAACCAGCUCUUGGUUCGCAUGGAUGCCGCUGCCCUCAACCACAAAGACCUCUUCAUCCGCAGACAUCUCUACCCAGCCAUCUCCUUUGAGAAUCCCCUACUCGCCGAUGGCUACGGCACGGUUGUCGAGGCAGGAUCCUCAGUCAAGCAGAAGCACCUGCUGAACAAGCCUGUCCUGAUCAACCCCAUGCUCAUGUGGGAAUCAGACCCCGUCGGACCAGAAAAGGGCGUUGUCCUAAUCAUUGGCGCAUCGUCAAUGACAGAAACUGGCUGUGCCCAAGACUACGCUCUUCUCCAUGAAGACGACGUCGUACCUGCACCCACGCACCUCACUCCCGCUGAGGGCGCGGCACUCCCUCUCGCAGGACUGACAGGCUGGCGCGCGCUCGUCACGAAGAGCGGCAACGCUGAAGCCGGUAGGAACAUUCUCAUCACGGGAAUCGGAGGCGGCGUGGCACUACAGGUGCUUCAGUUUGCUGUGGCGAUGGGUAUCAAUGUCUACGUUACUUCGGGUGACCAGGCCAAGAUCGACAAGGCCAAGAAGUUGGGUGCCAGGGGCGGCGUCAUUUACAAGAAUGACGGGUGGGAGCGGGAGCUGAAGAAUUCGCUCCCCGAUGAUAGACCCUACAUCGAUGCUGUUAUUGAUGGCGCGGGAGGCAACAUCAUCUCAAAGUCGACCAAGUUUCUCAAGCCAGGCGGCAUCAUCUCCCAGUAUGGAAUGACGGUUUCUCCCAAGAUGGAGUGGACGAUGCCUGCUGUGUUGAUGAACAUUGAGCUGAGAGGUUCUACUAUGGGUUCUAAGAAGGAGUUCAGGGAUAUGGUUGCGUUUGUGGCAGAGAAGAAGAUUCGACCGAUCGUGAGCAAGACAGUCAAGGGAUUGGCAAACUUGGAUGGAAUCGAGGGCCUGUUCAAGGACAUGGAUGCCGGAACACAGUUUGGUAAGUUGGUGAUUGAAAUCGAUGACCACCCAACAUCAAAAUUGUAA